CAUUUAGCAGCGAGCGGGUUCGGAGCGCUCUUAGCCCUCAAAGUACUCAAACAACUGCAAUGUCCAAUAAUUGCCAAAUAACCUUCGAUCAGAAUGAGCAUGGAACAUAUUUUACUGGCCAAGUGGUUACCGGGAAGGUGAUCAUCAAUUUGAAUAAGACCAAGAAACUGCGAGGAAUUAAACUACAAAUCAGCGGCUAUGCACAGGCUCAGUGGCGUCGCAAGCAUGGGCGUGUCGUGCCCACAAACCAGUACCGUCCGGGACGCAAUCGGUAUUUUAUGGGCCGAGAGGAUUACAUAGCCUCGACCACAUAUCUGAUGGGCUCGGAGCAGGCGCCGACGACCACCAUUGAAGCUGGCAGCUAUACGUACACCUUUGCCUGCCCCAUACCCAGCCAUUGCCCGUCCUCGUUUGAGGGCCUCUACGGACACAUACGCUACUUGGCCAAGGUGAUGUUCAUACGGCCCGGCGCCUCCAAUCGCACCACCAACGUGGGCUUCACCGUGCUCAAGCUGCUCGACCUGAACCAGGAGGAUAAAAUGCUGCGCGAGCCGGCUAGCAGUGAGAGCAUAGAAUACUUUUGCCUCAUGCAAACCAAGCCCGUCCACAUAAAGGUCACGCUGCAGCAGCAGGGAUAUGUGCCCGGCCAGUUUAUGCUGGUCCAUGCGGAUGUACGCAACGAUUCCAGCAGCGACUGCAGGAAGCUCAUGAUCAUGCUCUAUCUGCACGCCACGUACACAUCCGACGUGCCUACGAUGCAAAUCGUCUCCGAGAAGAUUCUGCUGGCCAAGCGCGAGAGUGGAGGCGUGCUCCACCACUGCCAGAAGUCGUAUACUGAAACGCUGCGGAUACCGGCCACAGCGCCCACCUGCGAGCACCUCAGCAAGGUGGUUCGCGUCUCGUACGAGGUGCGCAUCGUGGCCGUGAUGAACUGGAUGAUGGCCAAUCCAAAAGUCAUCAUACCCAUCACCAUUGGCAAUGUGCCGCUGGUGACGGCGGGGCCGCCCACUACAUUUGGCAUUGCGGCCGUGCCACGGGACUUGCCCUGUACCUCGGCCAGGGCCAUGGAACUGGCGGCAGGUGUCAAUAAUCCCAGCUACGAGCUUACUGAGGAGCUAGAGGACUAUGAACUGCCCGAGGAUGGGGACGAUGAGUUCGAGAUCGGAGAUGACCUAGCACCCGAACUGCCCCCACCCACCUACGAGCAAGCCAUGUUCAUGACCGCCGAUAUUGCCGAUACGGAUGUCAAUACGGUUAGUGAGGCGGCUCGGUUCACGCCGCGCUAUCCCGUCUUCGAUGUGGAUACAUUCCAGAGUCCCCCACCAAAUCCGCCGCAGAAAAGACGCCGUCGCCGACGCCAUAGAGGCGAACAACGUGCGGAUAAAAAGCAGUUGGCCCAGGACCAGUCGAGCGUUGAUGAAAUACAAUUCGUGGAAUCGCCUGUGCAGAUUUAGGAGCUUAUCAAAUGCAAUAUCUAAUCACGACAGUAUUUAUGUAUGUAGAUGCUAAUCAGCGUAUUAUUGUUUUAUUGCCCAGCCCAGAUUGUUUACGAAGCAUCCCACGCUGUUUGAUAAAUAAACAAAAACAAUAUGAA